GGAGCCGGGGCUGCCGCUGUCAUGGACGCCUGGGUCCGCUUCAGCGCUCAGAGCCAGGCCCGGGAGCGGCUGUGUAGGGCUGCCCAGUAUGCUUGCUGUCUUCUUGGUCAUGCACUGCAGAAACAUGGGGCCAGUCCUGAGUUACAGAAACAGAUUCAACAAUUGGAGGGUCAUUUGAGCCUUGGAAGAAAGCUUCUACGUCUGGGUAACUCAGCAAAUGCCCUCGAGUCAGCCAAACGAGCUGUGCACCUCUCAGAUGUUGUACUGAGAUUCUGCAUCACUGUUAGUCACCUCAAUAGAGCCUUGUACUUCGCCUGUGAUAAUGUCCUAUGGGCUGGAAAGUCUGGAUUGGCUCCCCGUGUGGAUCAGGAGAAGUGGGCCCAGCGUUCAUUCAGGUACUAUCUCUUUUCCCUCAUCAUGAAUUUGAGCCGAGAUGCCUAUGAGAUUCGCCUACUAAUGGAACAGGAGUCUGCAGCUUGUAGCCGGCGACUGAAGGGUUCCGGGGGAGGAGCCCCAGAAGGAAUUGAAACUGGGGGUCCUGGGCUAUCAGGGACUCCAGGAGGAGGCCUGCCCCAACUGGCUCUGAAGUUUCGGCUGCAAAUCCUGCUCCUAGCUCAGGUCUCUGCUCCCCAUUUAACCUGGAUGUGCAUCACCCACGCCUAUUCCCAGGGCCACCCGAGGCUGAAUUUGGAUACAGUGUCUUACAACAUGUUGCGGGUGGACGGCGAUGGAUGCUGGUGGGUGCCCCCUGGGAUGGGCCUUCAGGUGACCGGAGGGGAUGUUUAUCGCUGCCCUGUGGGGGGAUCCCUCAAUGCCCCUUGUGCCAAGGGCCACUUAGGUGACUAUCCACUGGGAAAUUCAUCUCAUCCUGCUGUGAACAUGCACCUGGGGAUGUCUCUACUAGAGACUGAUGGUGUUGGGGGAUUCAUGGCCUGCGCUCCUCUCUGGUCUCGUGCUUGUGGCUCCUCUGUCUUCAGUUCUGGGAUAUGUGCCCGUGUAGAUGAUUCGUUCAGGCCCCAGGGGAGCCUGGCACCCACAGCCCAACGCUGCCCCACAUACAUGGAUGUUGUCAUCGUCUUGGAUGGCUCCAACAGCAUCUACCCUUGGUCUGAGGUUCAGACUUUCCUACGAAGACUGGUCAGGAGACUGUUUAUUGACCCGGAGCAGAUACAGGUGGGACUGGUACAGUAUGGGGAGAGCACUGUACAUGAGUGGUCCCUGGGAGAUUUCCGAACCAAGGAAGAAGUGGUGAGAGCAGCAAGGAACCUGAGUCGAAGGGAGGGCCGAGAAACAAAGACUGCCCAAGCAAUAAUGGUGGCCUGUACAGAAGGGUUCAGUCAGUCCCGUGGGGGGCGACCAGAGGCAGCCAGGCUACUAGUGGUUGUCACUGAUGGAGAAUCACACGAUGGGGAGGAGCUUCCCGAAGCACUGAAAGCCUGUGAGGCUGGAAGAGUGACACGCUAUGGGAUUGCGGUCCUCGGUCACUACCUCCGGCGGCAGCGAGAUCCCAGCUCUUUCCUGCAGGAAAUCCGAACUAUCGCCAGUGAUCCAGAUGAGCGAUUUUUCUUCAAUGUCACAGAUGAGGCUGCACUAACUGACAUUGUGGAUGCACUAGGAGACCGGAUUUUUGGCCUUGAGGGGUCCCAUGGAGAGAAUGAAAGCUCCUUUGGGCUGGAAAUGUCUCAGAUUGGUUUCUCCACUCAUCGGCUGAAGGAUGGGAUUCUCUUUGGGAUGGUGGGGGCCUAUGACUGGGGGGGCUCAGUGCUAUGGGUUGAAAAAGGUCACCACCUUUUCCCCCCACGAACGGCCCUGGAAGAUGAAUUCCCCCCUGCGUUGCAGAACCAUGCAGCCUACCUCGGUUACUCUGUUUCCUCCAUGCUCUUGCAAGGUGGACGCCGCCUGUUUAUCUCAGGGGCUCCUCGAUUUAAACAUCGAGGAAAGGUCAUCGCUUUCCAGCUUAAGAAAGAUGGGGCUGUGAGGGUCGCCCAGAGCCUCCAGGGGGAGCAGAUCGGCUCAUACUUUGGUAGUGAGCUCUGCCCAUUGGAUACAGAUGGAGAUGGAACAACUGAUGUCUUACUUGUUGCUGCCCCCAUGUUCCUGGGACCCCUGAACAAGGAGACAGGACGUGUUUAUGUGUAUCUGGUGGGCCAGCAGCCCUUACUGAUGCUCCGGGGGAAACUUCAGCCAGAACCCCCUCAGGAUGCUCGGUUUGGCUUUGCCAUGAGUGCCCUUCCUGACCUGAACCAAGAUGGCUUCGCUGAUGUGGCUGUGGGGGCGCCCCUGGAGGAUGGACACCGGGGUGCACUGUACCUGUAUCAUGGGACCCAGAGUGGAGUCAGGUCCCAUCCUGCACAGCGGAUUGCUGCUGUCUCCAUGCCACAGGCCCUCAGCUAUUUUGGCAGAAGUGUGGAUGGCCGGCUAGAUCUGGAUGGAGAUGAUUUGGUAGAUGUUGCUGUGGGUGCCCAGGGGGCAGCCAUCCUGCUCAGCUCCCGACCUAUCAUCCACUUGACCCCUUCACUGACUGUGACCCCACCUGCCAUCAGUGUGGUUCAGCGGAACUGCAGGCGACGUGGCCAGGAGGCAGCCUGCCUGACCGCGGAUCUUUGCUUCCAAGUAACCUCCCACACUCCUGGCCGCUGGACUCGUCAAUUCUAUAUGCGGUUCACAGCAUCACUGGAUGAGUGGACGGCUGGGGCACGUGCAGCAUUUGAUGGUACUGGCCAGAGGAUGUCCCCUCGGAGGCUCCGGCUCAGUGUGGGGAAUGUCACUUGUGAGCAGCUGCACUUCCAUGUACUGGAUGCAUCGGAUUAUCUUCGACCAGUGGCCUUGACUGUGACCUUUGCCUUGGACAACACCACAAAGCCAGGGCCUGUGCUGGAUGAGGGCUCACCCACCUCUAUACGAAAGCUGGUCCCCUUCUCGAAGGAUUGCGGCCCUGACAAUGAAUGUGUCACAGACCUGGUACUUCGAGCUAAUAUGGACAUCAGAGGCUCCAGGAAGGCCCCGUUUGUGGUUCGAGGUGGCCGACGGAAAGUGCUAGUGUCAGCAACUCUGGAGAACAGGAAGGAAAACGCCUACAACACUAGUCUGAGUCUCAGUUUUUCCAGAAACCUCCACCUGGCUAGCCUUACUCCUCAGAGGGACAGCCCAGUGAAGGUGGAAUGUGCAGCCCCUUCCUCUCAUGCCCAGCUUUGCAGCGUGGGGCACCCUGUCUUCCAGAGUGGAGCCAAGGUGACCUUUCUGCUAGAGUUUGAGUUUAGCUGUUCUGCCCUCCUGAGCCAGGUCCUCGUGAGGCUGAUCGCCACCAGCAAUAGCCUGGAGACAGAUGGGACCCUUCAAGAUAAUACAGCCCAGGCCUCAGUCUACAUCCAGUAUGAGCCUCACCUCCUGUUCUCUAGUGAGUCCACCCUGCACCGGUAUGAGGUUCACCCAUAUGGGACCCUUCCAGUGGGUUCUGGCCCCGAAUUCAAAACCACUCUUAGGGUGCAGAACCUCGGCUGCUAUGUGGUCAGUGGCCUCAUCAUCUCAGCCCUCCUUCCCGCUGUGGCCCAUGGGGGCAAUUACUUCCUGUCAUUGUCUCAAGUCAUCACCAACAAUGCAAGCUGCACAGUGCAGAACCUGACUGAGCCCCCACAAGCCCCUGUGGACCCAGAGGAGCUUCAGCACACAAGUAGACUGAAUGAGAGCAAUACCCGGUGUCAGGUCGUGAGGUGUCACCUUGGACGGCUAGCGAAGGGAACUGAAAUCUCCAUUGGACUACUGAGGCUGGUUCACAAUGAAUUUUUCCGGAGAGCCAAGUUCAAGUCUCUGACAGUGGUCAGCACCUUUGAGAUGGGAACUGAGGAGGGCAGUGUCCUACAGCUGACUGAAGCCUCCCGUUGGAGCGAGAGCCUCUUGGAGGUGAUUCAAACCCACCCUGUCCUCAUCUCCCUGUGGAUUCUCAUUGGCAGUAUCCUGGGAGGUCUGCUCCUGCUUGCCCUCCUUGUCUUCUGCCUUUGGAAGCUUGGCUUCUUUGCCCGUAAGAAAAUCCCCGAAGAAGAGAAAAGAGAAGAGAAGUUGGAGCAAUGAAUGUAGAAGAAGGCUCUAGAAAGCCCUCUCUGGCAGCUUCUCCAAAAGACUUGCAGAAGAGUGGAGCUUUGGGGGCCCAGACAGGACAAGAAGGAGCCUCUGGUCCCUCUCUCCGAACCUGCAGCCUGGCCUGACUUUUCAGUCCUGAGGAUGCUGUUGGCAAGAGAUGAGUCUUACCCUCUGCCAGUAAGGGCUGGCACCAAAAGUAACAGCACUCCCACCCUGUGCUUCCCUCCUCCUCAUGAUCCUGGGUUCCACAGCCAAUAUUUAAACCUUUGUUUGGGGCCUUGUUUUCCCCCACCCCUGGGAAUCAAGAAGUUUUUGCCUAGGUCUCUGACUCCUUUGAGAUUUCCUCUCUGUCCUCCCUCACAAUUUGGAAAGGAUUGAGGGUAUCCUCCUCCAGUCCCCGCCCUCUCACCUUCCUGCCUGCCCUCACUCUGCAGGAGGGAGCUGACAUUGGCCUGAAAGAAGUAAAGUCAACAUCUGCUGCUUUCCUGUGGAGUCUGGUGAUUCAGUGAGCCAGAUGGGAGAGUCAACAGGAAAAAAGGAGGGAGGCAGAAAAGCCACAAGAGACAUUCUGUACAAUUUUAAGGAACAGAGAAGCCUUUAGACAGGCAACUGGCAUCCCCUGAAACCUGAGCCUUUGUGCAUUCGCCCGCCCUCAGGUGCUGGUGAAACAGAGCUGCCCCCAGGCUCCCUGGCCUUCCCAACCAGCAGCCUUGCCUGGGAGCAAAGCCAGGGCCUGGUGCCUGAUUUUCUGGAGCCAGGGGCCCCCAGGUGGCUACAGCUGGAAUAGCAGAGAAGAUUGGAUACCCCCGGCAAUGUUUUCUCCACCUUUCUCAGACCUUCCCCACCCAUAAGCCUUCCUUGAGGGCCUCCUUACAGAAACCAGAGAUAGGGUAGAGGACUGUUGAUUGAUAGUGGGAAACCCUAUUGCCUUACCAGCUUUGGGAAGCAGCAGCCCCGGGCAGUCUGAACAAGUGGGGUCUGAAUUAAGGAAGAAGCCGAAGUGAGCAGCGUGAGGUCUCUGGGGAGCAAGUCCUUACUUGCUCAGUAUUGGUUGUGUAGCACAAAAUUGCUCCUUGGAAAACAUUUCUGAGACAACCGCAGUUACACCACAUCUUGUAGGGCUUCUCUGGUGGAAUCCUUUUGCCAGCCCUUGAACGAUGUUUACUGGAAAUUCUCAAGUUAAUUUCUGUCUCUGAACUCCCCCCAUCUCUCAGGCCCACUGUUUGGUCAUGGCCAGUAAAGAGAAUUGGAUUCUCAUCAACAACUGAGUAAUAUAUUUCUUUGGAAUCAAGACUUUGGAUACAAAGUCAUUUAUUAGUCUUCAGAGUGCAGCCCUGGCAGCCAUUUGAAGAAUCAGCAGCCGUUUAGAGACGGGAAGACAGGAGACCUGACUGGACAGUUGACUUGCAGCCAUAAAACCUGUUCUCAGUGGCUGUCCUGAGGCCUGGCCACAAUGUGUGUUUUGGCUUGUCCCUGGCCUUCUGCAGAGAGCCACCCUCCUGGGCAUUGUCUGUGUUUCCUAGCAGGGCAGACAGUAUAUCAGAUGGUCAAAAUAAAUAAAGUUCAGUGUCAAAUGACUUCUGGCUCUAUUUGAGUUAUAUAGGAAGGACAUGGAUUGCUCAGGAACAGUGAGUGGUAGAUUCUUAGUUUGCCUGAGACCUUGUACAGUGGAAUCCUUGAAGGCAAAGUUAUGAAAUAUUUGAAAUGUUUUCUGUGACCCCCACUGCAGAUGUGCUCCAGCCUCCUGCAAUCCCCACGUACUUAAGUGACCACAAAGUAUAAACUGUGUGGGUGUAAAAAUGGUGUGGCGGCGACGUCUGACCUCUUCUAAGUUCACAAGGGAGAGGGAGAAUCAAGAUCAACAGCCCAAGGCUGAUUCCUAUGAGACAGAGGUCAGACAAACCUCCUCUCUCUGCCAUCUUUACCAGUUCUGACACCAAUCGUCCCUCCCACAGCACUUUCUACUUCUCGUCUGUGUUUGAUAAUUCAUUGCAGUGGCCACAUAGAACUCACAGAUAAUACUCAUAGUUACAGGGUUUACUAGGGAAAUAACAGGUUACAGUUCAGGUUCAAGAACACUGAGGAUAUAGUUCUUUAAUCAGGGCAGGCUCUUCUCAGCUAUGUCCACAGACGGGCCUUUCUCUGGCCCUUUAGCCUCUCAGCCCCUCAGCCCCUCAGCCCAGACUUUGCUCUGCUCAGGCAAGUGUUGUAAAGCUCUUUUAGCUCUGCUGAUAAGUGCCUGGAGGCACCCCACUCUGCCAGUGAGCCUUGUGCCCAAAGUUGGUCACCAUUCUCACUUCGUGGGCUGGGAAGCCCUUCUUUUGCUGGUCUCUCUUAAUUCUUGCCAUCUCGCGCCAUAAUCUCUCACUGUCUUCCAUGUUACAGCUCCUCUCUUUGUCUCCUGGAUCUAGGAGGUUCUCAGUGCAGGGAUCCCGGGUCCAAAGUAUGCACUCUACUCCUGGCUCUUUCUUGGU